UCUCACAUUCUCACUUUUCUCACAUUCUUACUCUCUCUCACUCCUUCACACCCUCUUAUCAAACUGCGCUCUUCAUCUCACUCAUCCAACUCAAAAUGUUCGGCAACUGGUUCAAGUCCUCCAAUCAGCAGGAGUCUGCUCAGCAGCCUACCUGGGACCCCAACACCCUCACCAUGCAGCAGCCGACCAGCCCUCAGGCUCCUUCCACUGAGAACGUCGUCACUGAGCAGCCGCGCUCCCAGGAAUCCAUGCAGCUCCGUGGUGGUGGUGGCUGCUGUGAGACAUGCUGCGGAGUUUGCGCCGGUCUGGCUUGCUUCGAGUGCUUCGAGGACUGCUGCUAAGCGAUCUGCACGAAUACCUGUCCAUACCUAUGCAAAUAUACCCUAAUAUUGCUGUAGGGAGAAGGGAGCUUGCAGCUGGAAUUCUUGUUUUCUGUUUUGGGUUCGGUUUUCUCCCGUACGACGGAUGAAGCAUGACAUGAUAUACCCUUUGACGAAGGGAAUUCAAUUCAUCCUGAUGUCUUCCAUACGUGUCAUGUGUCAUGUGAACUUUGGAAGGAAACCUGAUUUUGUACUGUAUUUCUGACAAUCUAUCAUUUUUGGAUAUUACGCAACUUUGUUCUCUGCUAUGCUUUCGCAAGCUGUUGGGACGGCGACAGACCAUGUUCAUAAUUGUAGCACAGUGAUCCUAGGACACAUAGCUAUGAACGCCAGUCCCAUUUUCGUAUCAGCAUCAGCAGCACCCCCCUUACCUACAAAAGAAUCACGACCGCGUCGAUGAUAGCAUAGACACACUCAUCUUGUCUCUUAGAACACUGACGUAUCAACCCCUGGCACCCCGCCAAACCUUAAAGCUAGAUCCGAGUAAGAUAGAUUUCCAAGGAUCUAAGGCAUGUGGCUUGACUCCCAAUGAAUUUUUCCCAGGAAUGACGCAAAAAUCGGAAGCUAAGGUGGAGGUCAUCUUAGCAACGGUGGUGACAACUUGGCAACUUGUGUUGGAUCACGUGGGAUUCUGCCGCAUAGGUCCGCCCUCGCUGACCCUUUCCACCACGUAGGCCUAUCUAGCUAGUAACCAACCAACGAUACACCUCCAUUAACUUGGCAGGGUUCAUAAUGGAG